GAGCGGCGGGAGCCCGGGCCCUUUUACCGCCAGCCGCGCGGCGCCGCCUCCUCCUCGCUCCUGAGUCACCGCCGCCCCGGCCCGGUCCGGCUCCGGCCCCGCGCGCAGGUUCUUGAGAUUUAAGAACAUGGCAGACGUUGACAACAAAGAACAGGCUGAACUUGACCAGCAGGAUAUGGAAGAUGUUGAAGAAGUGGAAGAAGAAGAAACCGGUGAGGAUGCCAACAGCAAAGCUCGACAGCUGACUGUGCAGAUGAUGCAAAAUCCUCAGAUUCUUGCAGCCCUUCAGGAAAGACUUGAUGGUCUGGUAGGAACAUCUACAGGAUAUAUAGAAAGCUUGCCCAAAGUAGUUAAGAGACGGGUGAAUGCUCUCAAGAAUCUUCAAGUUAAGUGUGCACAGAUUGAAGCAAAGUUUUAUGAAGAAGUUCAUGAACUGGAAAGAAAAUACGCAGCUCUCUAUCAACCCUUAUUUGAUAAGCGAAGUGAAAUCAUCAAUGCAAUUUACGAACCUACAGAGGAAGAGUGUGAAUGGAAAGCAGAUGUUGAAGAAGAAAUUUCAGAUGAAAUGAAAGAAAAGGCAAAGCUUGAAGAAGAGAAAAAGGAUGAAGAAAAAGAAGACCCUAAAGGAAUUCCUGAAUUUUGGUUGACUGUAUUUAAGAAUGUUGACUUGCUCAGUGAUAUGGUUCAGGAACAUGAUGAGCCUAUCCUAAAACAUUUAAAAGAUAUCAAAGUGAAGUUCUCAGAAGCUGGUCAGCCUAUGAGUUUUACAUUAGAAUUUCACUUUGAACCAAACGACUACUUCACAAAUGAAGUGUUGACAAAAACGUAUAGAAUGCGAUCAGAGCCAGAUGAUUCUGAUCCCUUCUCCUUUGAUGGACCAGAAAUUAUGGGUUGUACAGGAUGCCAAAUAGACUGGAAAAAAGGAAAGAAUGUUACUUUAAAAACCAUUAAAAAGAAGCAGAAACACAAGGGACGUGGAACAGUUAGAACAGUGACAAAAACUGUGUCAAAUGACUCUUUCUUCAAUUUCUUUAGCCCCCCUGAAGUUCCUGAAAGUGGAGACCUGGAUGACGAUGCUGAGGCAAUCCUUGCUGCAGAUUUUGAAAUCGGUCACUUUUUACGUGAGCGCAUAGUCCCACGAUCAGUAUUGUACUUCACAGGAGAAGCUAUUGAAGAUGAUGAUGAUGAUUAUGAUGAAGAGGGUGAGGAGGCAGAUGAUGAGGAAGGGGAGGAAGAAGCAGAUGAAGAAAAUGACCCAGAUUAUGACCCGAAGAAAGAUCAAAACCCAGCAGAAUGCAAGCAGCAGUGAAGUAGUGUGUAUGUGGCCUUGAGGAUUACCUGCACUGUAAUAGCCUAAACACAACUAUUAGUUACUUACAGCCUUAUGUUUUGUAUCUUCUUGGUAGAAUUAAGUAAACAAUUUGUUAAAAAUUAAAUCAAAAACAUAAGAACCAGUUUAAAAUGUAGGUUCAUUCUACCUAGUAUUUUAAUAGUAUAAUUUUCUGCCAAUAUGUAGAAUGCAGUAAGCCCCCUAAAGCAUGAAUGUUAAUUCAUUGCUACAUAGUUUGGUUCUUGUGAAGUCUUGUCAUGUAGCUAUUAGACAGCAGCUGUGAAGAUUAUUGGAACUGUUAACUGAGACCAAUAUUUGUUUAGGAAAAAAUCCUCUCCUGAAGAACCAACCAAAGUAUUUGCAGCCCAGUAGUUUGAACGGGUUUAAGUCUGCUUGCACUAGCUGUGCCUUCAUUACUUUGUUAUAGAAAUGGCGGUGACUUAUACUAACUAGGAGAUGAUGUAUUCUGAAUUUGACUACUUGAGAAGACUAGUAUAAUUCAUUUUAUUUCCCAACAAGACCACAUUAACUGUUCAUAACUGUCAGCUUGUUUAUGCUAUGGGUUUUUGUAUUUUAUGUGACAUAGUGAUCUACAAAAAAAAAAAUAAAGAAAAAAACUAGUCAUCAUAUUAAGGUUAUUGUUUACCACUGGGGUGUGAAUAAAACCUAGUAUUUUCAGAAGCUAGUCUUCUUUUAUUAUGCUCUGUGUAUGUUUGUACAUGUCUUUCAUGCUGUAGUUCAUUCUUCUUAGUAGCAGCAAAUUCACUUUUAAAUAACUUCUUAUAAGCAAACUGUUAAAACACUUAAGCAUGACUAUUCACAAUGAUUUUGUUGUCAGUGCAAUAGGGAUAAUAAGUGGACAUGAAUUUCAGUUAUCUCACUGGCUUACAGUCAGCGCUGUGUGCCAUUUAAGAAAACAAAUGUCAGCUUCAGAUAUGAGGCUAGAUCCAGUAAAGGGAAGUAUUGCAAGUUGGCCACUACAUUCCCUAUUCUUCAGGCAUCUCAGCCAUCAUUUGGAAUCCAGAACCUGAGUCUAGGUGCCCCAUCCAGUGCGUGGGAAGGAUUAAAUGUCUGAGUAGGAACAAAAGUAACUAAUAUGCUGAAUGGGUAGCUGACUAGAGGUAGUCAGUACAGAAAUUCCUAGGACAAAGGUGUCUCAAUUGCUGGGCCUCUCUGAUGUUUAGGUAUCUCAGUCAGAGCUGUAGGCAAGCACUUUCAUUUCAGACAUGGGGGCACUCUCCUGAGGGUAGGCAUCUGUAGGUGAUCAGGAUUCGCUGGCUUGUUUUGAAAGCACAGCUGCAGAAGGAAGAGGCUUUGUCCCUCAUUCAUUACAUAACUGCUUAUAGUGUAGGACAUAUGCCCAGAAAGUAAAAAAAAUCGGUUCAGACUCUCCUUAGCCUGAGGGGGUUCCUACCUCCCAGAUGACCCAGUGCUCUAAACACCUGGUUGGAUGGGACGUUCUUCCCUCCCCGUCCUGAAGUUGUACCACCGUGCAGCGAAGGAUACAAGAUACAUGGGGCCAUGAAGAAUGCGAGAAAUAUAUCUUUAGUUGGAGAGUGGUUGGCUGAGGAGGUGGGGUGGUACUUGCUUCUGAUUCCUGCUUUCAGGGCUAUCUUUGGCUUUUGUCUAGUUAUUGUCUAAUAUUAAAUACAUAGGACAGUCGGGGAGCAGGGACUAGGAACUCAGGAAUAAGGAGUUUCCUGGAUUGAAUCACAACCUCACUUAUUCUUACGCCACCUGACCCAAAUACAGCAAAAUAUUACAUCUAGGAAUGCAAAUUUGAAAAAUACCAAUACUAUGGGCUUAAAAUAUUUUCAAAAAAAUGACAGUUCUGGUGUUUAUAUUGAUUUUUAUGUGAUUCAAAGUAUUCUUGUUUAGCUGUUAUGGAAGGCAGUAUGUAACAAACAUUAAACUUUUGGCAUAGA